AUGGAGUCUUUUCACAGAUUCAAGUUGUGGGUCUUGGUUUUCUGUUUAGUGUUUCAAUCAGGGUUUGGGUUCUAUCUCCCGGGUAGUUACCCUCACAAUUAUGCUGUUGGUGAUGAGUUGUCGGUCAAGGUGAAUUCUCUUACUUCAAUUGGUACUGAGAUUCCAUUUAGUUAUUAUAGUUUACCCUUUUGUAAGCCUCAAGGUGGUGUUAAGGACAGUGCUGAGAAUCUCGGUGAACUCCUUAUGGGGGAUCGGAUCGAGAAUUCUCCGUAUAGGUUUAAGAUGUAUACCAAUGAGUCUGAGGUUUUUCUGUGUCAAGUUGAUAAGUUGUCUGGAGAUCAGUUCAAGAUCUUGAAAGAGAGGAUUGAUGAGAUGUAUCAGGUUAAUCUUAUACUUGAUAAUUUGCCGGCUAUUCGGUUUACGAAGAAAGAUGAGUACUUUUUGAGAUGGACUGGGUACCCUGUUGGGAUUAAGAUUCAGGAUGUGUAUUAUCUGUUUAACCAUCUUAGGUUUAAUGUUCUUGUUCAUAAGUAUGAGGAGACAAAUGUGGCUCGCGUUAUGGGAACUGGUGAUGCCGCGGAGAUGAUUCCUCCUAUUGGUAAGGAGGGGUCUGAUAAGCCGGGUUAUAUGGUUGUUGGGUUUGAAGUUGUACCUUGUAGCAUUUUGCAUAAUGCUAAUUCUGCUAAAAACUUGAAGAUGCAUGAAAAAUAUCCGGCACCUAUCAAAUGCGAUCCGUCUACUGUGGCAAUGCCGAUUAAAGAAGGCCAGCCGGUUGCGUUUACCUAUGAGGUAACUUUUGAGGAGAGUGAUAUCAAGUGGCCGUCUAGAUGGGAUGCUUAUUUGAAGAUGGAGGGAGCCAAAGUCCAUUGGUUUUCGAUCCUCAAUUCGUUAAUGGUGAUCACUUUUCUUGCUGGUAUUGUUCUUGUUAUCUUCUUGAGAACUGUUCGGAGGGAUCUGGCUAGUUAUGAGGAGCUUGAUAAGGAAGCUCAAGCACAGAUGAAUGAGGAGUUAUCUGGUUGGAAGCUUGUUGUGGGGGAUGUUUUCCGCGCUCCAUCGAAUCCUGCUUUGUUGUGUAUAAUGGUUGGUGAUGGAGUUCAGAUUCUAGGGAUGGCUAUUGUGACAAUAUUGUUUGCUGCACUUGGAUUCAUGUCACCGGCCUCCCGCGGAACACUUAUCACAGGUAUGCUGUUUUUCUACAUGAUACUUGGUAUUGCUGCUGGUUAUGUUGCAGUUCGACUAUGGAGAACACUCGGAAGCGGCGACCAGAAGGGUUGGAUUUCAGUUGCAUGGAAAGCUGCUUGUUUCUUCCCUGGUAUUGCCUUUUUGAUCCUCACAUUCUUAAACUUCCUAUUAUGGGGAAGCCACAGCACCGGAGCCAUUCCAUUUUCACUCUUUGUUAUAUUGCUUUUGCUUUGGUUCUGCAUUUCUGUUCCACUUACACUUGUCGGUGGUUACUUCGGAGCAAAAGCACCCCACCUUGAAUAUCCCGUUAGAACCAACCAAAUCCCUAGAGAAAUUCCUCAACAACGGUAUCCUUCAUGGCUUUUAGUUCUAGGCGCUGGCACCCUUCCCUUUGGAACCCUCUUCAUUGAGCUCUUCUUUAUAAUGUCCAGCAUUUGGAUGGGCCGUGUGUACUACGUUUUCGGGUUUCUCUUCAUUGUUUUGAUCCUACUCGUGGUGGUUUGUGCCGAGGUAUCUCUUGUUCUAACAUAUAUGCACCUCUGCGUGGAGGAUUGGAGAUGGUGGUGGAAAUCAUUCUUCGCCUCCGGUUCCGUUGCAUUGUACAUCUUUUUGUAUUCCAUAAACUAUCUCGUAUUUGAUCUCAAGAACCUGAGUGGACCUGUUUCCGCAAUGCUUUAUCUCGGAUAUUCUCUCUUCAUGGUUCUAGCAAUCAUGUUGGUGACCGGCACAGUUGGAUUCCUCUCUUCAUUCUGGUUUGUGUAUUAUCUAUUCUCUUCUGUGAAGUUGGAUUGA